AAGGUUGUUUGUUUGUUACAGUGUACCGCCACAGGUAACGGGUUCUAUGAAUGGCCACUCAACGUCUCACAACGUGGACACGCGCAAACGCCUCACGCCUAUCCCCGAAAUCAACAUCACUGGCAACCAUACGCCGUAUAAGGUUCAAAAAGCGCUAGUAGAGAACACGAUGGUGCCGUGCAUAAACGCGAAGCCGUACCAGUACACAGAGCUGCUGAUGACCCUGCCGGACCUGGCCAGCCACUUUUUCCCGCGUGUCUCGCUGUCCACUUGCCGUGCUAUGCUCGACGCCCUCGCGAUCACGCUGUAUAGACCUAACUCAACCCAACUACAAGUGCUGCGCAACUCGGGCAAGUGCAAGUCGGCGGCGGCGGGCGAGAACGGGCUCGCGCUGGUGCAGAUCCGCGACGUGAUGCAGCACAUGCCGCAGUUCAAGUACAUGCUGCGCUCCACCAGCGACGACACGCCGCCGGCGGCGCACGCGCCGCGCCCCGCGCACUCGGCGCACGCGGCGCACGCGGCGCACUCGGCGCACGCGCACCAGGCGCAGCCGGCCAAGCGCGCGCGCGCCAACUAACGAGUUGCUGUUAGUAUAAGUGAAUGUCAACGAUUUGUGACGUUUACCCUGCAUGCGUGAGUGGUACUGAUUUUAAGGGCUUCCAUCGAAAUAGAUGGUGUGGUUUUAUAAAUACUUAUAGGCGAGAAGUGUUCUUAAAGCGUGGUGAUUUGUAGUCGAAACUAUAGACGAGAUGUCGCGAACAAAUUGUAAAAAACC